AUGAAAGUCUCCACGGUGCUGGUGACGUUUCUGUGCGCUUCAAUGGUGUCUGCCAAAACAUACCGACGUCAGGAUGGAGUCAACAACAAGGCAUACUGGGCCGCCCUCGGUUGUGAUCAUCUGAUCGGUCAUUACAAGUUUGACAUGCCCAAGUUCGGUCGAAACACCCAGAGCAGCCGUAAGGAGAUCGCCGCCGCAUAUUGCGCAGUUGUUCCCUACAUCCAGAGUAAGCUACUGUGCUACCAAGGAGCCAUUGAACCAAAGCACUAUGACACUCAGGUGCGGAAGCAGAUUAUCCAGACUUGUCCCGAUUACUUGACUGAGGAGAUGACCGAUGAGUGGCUCAAGAACGCUACUCUGGUUGCCGAGGAGCCUGCGAAUGCAACUGCUGUUCUUUGGGCACCUGUGCCUUUUGACCAUGAUCACUGGGAAGAGGAGUACGAAGAGAUUCUGCCCCACUAUAUCAACCUGGAUUAUGCUACUUGGUACGGAGUGGCUCUGCUGGCCUAUUGGGCUAUGAUUUUUGCAUUUGGUGUCUUUUUCAACUUUUCUCAGAAUGCCUUCUUUGGUCUUUACAAGAAGGUUGGCUUCAACAAGUUCAGAAAGCACAUAUCUCUGCCCGCUCUCUUCGGCUACAAGCACUCUCAACCUUUGGGAUGGGAUCCUCUCAAGAUGGCCACCCCUACACGAAUCCAGUCCCUGGUUGUUAUUGGCUAUCUAAUCAUGGCUUUUGUCCUAUGCUUCCCUUCCUACCCUUUUGACGAUGACUAUGAAGAGGCUGGCACCUGGGGUGUUCAACUGGAACGAUUCCUGGCUGACCGAACCGGAAUCAUGUCUUUUACCCAGGCUCCCAUUGUCUUCCUUUUUGCUGGACGAAACAAUUUUCUCAUGUGGCUGACUGGGUGGUCCUUCGACACCUUCAAUGUCUAUCACCGAUGGACCUCUCGAGUCAUGAUGAUCUACGCCAUUCUGCACUCAAUUAUCUGGACCUGGAUGUGCCGAGACGAGCUGGCCAGAGACGCCGCUGAACUCUACUGGAUUCUGGGAACUGUGGCUACCAUUGCUGGCUCCCUGAUGCUUCUGCAAGCCAUGCACUUUUUCCGAUCCAGAUGGUACGAGAUUUUCCUUGUACUCCAUAUAGUGUUUGGCAUCCUCUUUGUUGUAGGCCUGUGGUACCACUGCUGGACCAUUGGCUGGAUGCAGUGGGUUUGGGCUACUAUUGCUGUCUGGGGAUUUGAUCGAAUCCUUCGAAUUGCCAGAAUUGUUUACUGUGGCGGAAUUCUAACGGGUGACUUCACUCUGGUCGACCGAGAGCAGCUUAUCAUCAAGGCUGAAAUUCCCUACUCCAAACUAUGGUCCGUCUACCCAGGCUCUCAUGUCUAUAUUUACUUCCUGUCCGGAAACAAGUUCUGGGAGUCCCAUCCCUUCACAAUCUACCAGUCUCCUGAAGCUCUCAAGAAGGGCAACAUGACUCUGCUUCUCAAGGCCAAGGACGGCAUCACAUUCGAGCUGGCCACCCGACUGAUAUCAGCUGGAGGAAAACGGUCCAUGAAGAUGCUCAUCGAGGGACCCUACGGAUCCAAGCACCCUGUAGGCAAGUACGACUCUUCCAUCUACAUUGCUGGGGGAAUUGGUAUCACUGCAACCUACUCGUAUGCCCAGCGAGUUGUAGCAAACUCGGUCAGUAAGAAUAUCAUCUUCACCUGGGUUGUUCGAGGAGACUCUUGUCUUGAGUGGUUCGGAGACGAGCUCGAGUACCUGCUGGCCGACCCCCGCGUCAGGGUCAAUCUGUACAUCACUAAGGUCGAUAAGAAAGAAGGCCUGGCUGAGGAGCUGGCCGAGGAAGCUUGCGAGCUGGAAUCUAAGUCCCCCGAGAAGCUUUCCAUUACCUCUUCCACGCGAGAGAACCUUCAUGUCGAGCACUUCCGUCCGUGCAUGGCCGAUCUGCUUCCUCAGUAUCUCUCCGAGUGCCCGGGAUCUACAGCCAUUGUCGUCUGUGGCCCUCCCGUUCUCAAUGAUGACACAAGAAAGAGUAUGUGUGAUAACAUUGAGUCUCAAACCGAUCGAGUCGAUUACUUUGAGGAGUCUUUUUCUUGGUAA